GGGUCCCAAUAUUCAAACCUCCAUUCUCUUUCUCGUCGCUUUCUUCAAUUCCUUCUCGUUUUCUUCUCGUUCUUGUUCUUUUUUUUUUUUUUAGGUAGCUCCACGUCAAGCCUCUUCUCAUAUUCCCACUUUUCUGUAUUCAUUUUCUUCUUUCCCUGACAAUCUUGCUGAGAUUUUUCAUUUUCAAUCACCACUUCCGCUUCAUUUUUUUUUUUAUGUAUGAAACUUUUCGUUGGAGCCUAUCGGCUGGCGUAUCAGAUUCUGAGUCUCCUGGUAGUUUGAAUUCCUGACUACUUGGGGGGGAGUAAUGGCGACAGAACAGGUAUUGCCAUUCUCAGUGUUAUCUGUCGUUGAAGAUGUUCUUCAACAGAAUGGGACCCAAUUGGGCGAUACCAACUCGGCGUCAAGGAAACUUGAACCAUCUUGCUUAAGAAGGUAUGAAGCUGCUGGGUGGUUGCGGAAGGAAUAUGGAGUAAUUGGAGGGAAAGAGUUUCCAGCAGAGCCUUCUGAAGAAGAAUUCAGGAAUGGUUUGCGUAGUGGCAUAAUCCUUUGCAACGUUCUUAACAGAAUUCAACCUGGCGUGGUGCCCAAGGUAGUUGAAGGUCCCUGCGAUUCCGAUGAUGGAGCCGCAGCACUAUCUGCAUUUCAAUACUUUGAAAAUGUGAGGAACUGCCUGGUAGCUUUGCAAGAAAUGGGCCUUCCUACCUUUCAAGCUUCUGAUUUGGAGCAGGGAGGGAAAUCAGCUAGGCUAGUGGAUUGUGUUUUGGCAAUCAAGGCAUAUAGUGAAUGGAAAGAGGGAGGGAAAAUAGGGUCAUGGAAACAUGGUGGGAACAUAAAGCCACUCGUUUCUAGAAGACCCUUUUUGCGCAAAAACUCGGAACAAUUCCUCCCUACUUUAACAAGGACCACAAGUGAGAAAGAUGGAUUGACGAGUGAUCGAUCUACAAGCAGUGAUCUAGGGCAGGACCGCAACGAAGGGGGUUCAGUUCAUAACUUGAAUGCACUACUUCGGGAAUAUUUGUCUGACAAGAAGCAUGAAGAGAUUAUCAACGUAGUGGAGUCCCUGCUUCGCAAAGUUACAGAGGAGUUUGAACGUCGCCUCUUAAUACAACAUGAAAUGUCGAAAACAAAUCCAGAAGAUAGGGCUGCGGAAUCUGAAACACUCAACUCAAUUUUAAAAAUUGCUUCUGAGGACGAGCAGAUGGAAGAAAAGGAAGAUGUGCAGCCUAAACAAGAGGAGUGUUACGAUGAAGAGCACUGCGACAAUGAAGAAUCAAGACUCCAAGUAUUGAACGAGCAGCAAAAUUUGGUUUCUCAACAACACCUAGAAAUCCACUGUAGCGGUGAAGUAUCGAGAAUCCACGUUUCGAAGAACCAACAAAAGUUGCUCGUACAACAACACAAAGAGAUCCAGGAAUUGAAAAUUAUCGCCCAUCAUACGAAAUCAGGAAUGCACUCUUUACAAAAGGCAUGCCAGCAGGACCUAAUCUUUUUGAGUAAGCAUGUGCAUAGCCUAGCUUCUGCAGCUUCAGGGUAUCGGAGAGUACUUGAAGAAAAUCGCAAGUUAUACAACCAACUGCAGGACCUGAAAGGAAAUAUUAGAGUAUACUGCCGAGUCCGACCCUUCUUUGGGCAAGCAAACAAUGCUGGCUCUGUUGGUGGCAUAGAGGAAGGAAGUAUCUCAAUGAUAAUACCUUCAAAGUACGGAAAGGAAGGGAGAAAAACGUUUAAUUUCAACAGGGUGUUUGGUCCUACAGCAACCCAAGCUGAGGUUUUUGCGGACAUGCAGCCUCUCAUUCGUUCUGUUUUGGAUGGCUACAAUGUCUGCAUAUUUGCUUAUGGCCAAACAGGCUCAGGAAAAACUCACACUAUGUCCGGACCAAAUGAUCUUACUGAGGAAACCGUGGGGGUCAACUAUAGGGCACUAAGAGAUCUUUUCUUACUGUCACAGCAGAGGAAAGACACUAUUGCCUAUGACAUCGGAGUUCAGAUGCUUGAGAUCUACAAUGACCAAGUCAGAGAUCUUCUAGCGACUGAUGGUGGCAACAAAAAGUUAGAAAUUCGCAACAGUUCUCAAAAUGGCAUUAACGUACCAGAUGCAACCCUCGUUCCUGUUUCAUCGACUUCCGAUGUCUUGAGUUUGAUGGACUUGGGACAUAAGAAUCGGGCAGUUAGUGCUACUGCUAUGAAUGAUCGUAGUAGUCGUUCUCAUAGUUGCCUGACAGUCCAUGUUCAAGGAAGGGACCUGACGUCAGGAAGCCAUCUUCGUGGCAGCAUGCAUCUAGUUGACUUGGCAGGAAGUGAGAGGGUCGAUAAAUCUGAAGUCACAGGUGAUAGGCUUAAGGAGGCUCAACAUAUCAACAAGUCACUUGCUGCCUUAGGAGAUGUCAUUUCUUCGCUGGCCAAUAAGCAAGCGCAUGUUCCUUACAGGAACAGUAGACUUACUCAACUGCUUCAAGAUUCUCUUGGAGGGCAAGCCAAGACACUCAUGUUCGUACAUAUUAGCCCAGAACCUGACGCUCUUGGAGAAACACUCAGCACACUCAAGUUUGCAGAACGCGUCUCCACAGUUGAACUUGGUGCUGCCCGAGCUAACAAAGAGAGUUCAGAAGUGAAAGAGCUUAAAGAACAGAUUGCUAAUUUGAAGGCAGCUUUGGCAAGAAGGGAGGGAGAAGAGGAACCACUUCAACAUUCUGGAAAUAGUAGUCAAGAUGCACCAAAAUUGAAAUCUUACAAAUCUUCUCCUACACAAUCUGGAGGUCAUAGGAAACCCCAAGAUGAUUCUGGUAGCGUGGAGAGCCAGAAGAGGGCCACAACGAAGCUGAAAAGACGAAGCUUAGAUCUCCAAGACAUGAUAAUGCAUUCACCUCCCUGGCCACCUGCGAGCAGUCAGAGGCUGAACAUGAAGGAAGAGGAUAAGGAAUCGGUUUCCAGGGACUGGGUUGAUAAGAUCAUGGUGAACAGGAAUGACAGCCUAACAAGUGAUGAUAGCCUAGUGGGUCAGUGGGAAGCAGAAAGCAAACAGUCUUCUCCCUUGUUGAGUCCCAGCUCUCUUUCAGACACUGCAAAAGUAUACUCGGAACAUUCCUUUAAAGUUACAUUGAAUAAAAAGGAUAGCCAAGACUAUGACAUGGCCACCACAGAUGACUCUGAUGAUCCGCUCGAGGUUGCAACUAGCGAUUCCUCAGAAUCAGACUUGCAUUGGCAACCACAUGUGCCAAAACCAACCAGCAAAAUCAAUGGAAUAGUUUCAAAAGCUAAGAAACCCACCCAUCACAAACUGGUAAAGAACGUAGAAACCAGGAGCAUGAUUCCGUCCUUGAUCCCUGCGCCGUCAAGGAAACAAUUGGUGAGUCAACCCAGAAAGCAGGCAAGUCCUAUCGAUGGAAAAAGAACUGGGAAUGCAAAGUGAGGUAGCUAUUUAAGCUUCCUCAUGUAAGAUUUCAUUAUUUCUUGCUUUUUUUGCCUUUGUAAUUUUAAUUUAUUUAUAUCGUUUAGGUGUAAAAUAAGUGUCGUGUGCGUGAGAGAGAAAGAGAGCGGUUUUUCCAUUUACGUUGGAGCUUUGGAGGAGGAAUAAACCACUUGCUCGGCUUCUGCGAUGGUGAUCAUGAGAUGCAUGAUUUUACACCCUGUUCAAGUCAACGUGUUUAUAGUGGCUGAAUUUUUGUGGCCUUUCUUUGAACCCAGAAAAAAAAAAAACAAAGAAAGGAAAGAGAGAAAAAUUCCUCCCUUUUGCCAUUUUUUUUUUUAAAACUAGGCCUAGCAGUACAUCUUCUUGCACUUCGAAUUAGGGGCAUGGGAAAGAGGUUGGAAGAAGAUAAAGUUGUAUCUAAUUUGCUUUUUAUGAUUUUCACGGUCCUUUUUGUGGGCCACCAAACUCUGUAAAUUUAUACGAUUUUAUAAACAAAAGAAAACGGCCAUGUUUACAGGAUUC